AUGGCCUCGCACGACCCCUCGCACAACCCCCAACACGUGCACCGCGUCGUGUCAUUAGCCCAAAAAAUCCUCGCCCGCGAAACAGCCCGCGCGGCCUCAGUGUACGAUGCCGACGUGGUGCACCUCGCGGCGCUGCUGCAUGACAUCGGGGACCGGAAAUAUCUGUCGCAGGUAGCGGCCAUCUCGGCGUCUAUUCAGGGCCGUGCCGCAGAAGAAGAAGAGGCGGUGGAUCCGCAGCGGCUGGUGUAUUGUGUGCUUGUGGCGCAUGGGGCGGAUGAGGCCUUGGCGGAGAAGGUGCAGAUGAUUGUGUCGCAUGUGUCGUAUACGACGGAGAGGGCCAAGCCGGAGGAGGUGGGCAGGUUGAUUCGCGAGGGGUAUCCCGAGUUGGCGAUUGUGCAGGAUGCGGAUCGGUUGGAUGCUAUCGGGGCGGUGGGCAUUGGUCGGUGUUUUACUUUUCUGGGGGCGAAGGGGAAGAACUUCUGUCCUGAGGGGAUGUGGGUGAUGGAUAAUGCGAUUGAGCAUUUUGAGGAGAAGUUGGUGAGGCUGGAGAGUAUGAUGAAGACGGAGACUGGACGAGAGAUGGCCAGAGUGCGCACGGCGAGGUUGAAGGAGUUUCAAGAGUGGUGGGCUGUCGAAAUGAACGACGCCGCGUAG